GAAAAAAAAAUAGAAACAAAGAGUAAAUGAAUGAUUAAUAAAUAAGAAUUACUAAUAAAUAAAUACAAUAAAAACAUUAAUUACUAAUUUUUGAAUAAUAAUAGUAAUUCUGAAAGUUGAGAGUUGUUGAGCAUGAGUUAGAUUAUUAUACGUCUUAUUACUUAAUAUGGAAUGGCAACAUAUAAAAGCCAACCUACAGAGUAUCAGAAUAAAAUUUGAUAAGUCAUACAAAUUCUUAUCUCAGAAUAGAAAUAUUUUAGCUAAUACAGUUAACAAGCAUGCUAAGAUAUUAGUGGAUUGCUUUAAUGAAGCACGAAUACUAAUACAUAACAACAGGGGAAAAUUAAAUCAAGCACACUGGUCAUUGGUAUCUAAACUGUUGAUCAAGUUUCGAUCAAAUUUAAUAUCAAUUCAAAGGAGGUAUAACUUGGAUAUAUCGAUACCGACUAUAUUAAAUACCACUUUGUUUGUUAGAACUAGUGAAGAACUAGAACUAAUAGACCAGGACGAUUUAAACCCAGUAGAAGACGAUAAUUUAGAAAAUACCGAACAGCAAAUUAAAGAGAAAGAUCACGAUCUUACCAUACCUGCGGUAAUAAAUUUACCAGUAGUAGAAGAAGACGAAGAAGAAUACUGGUCAGAAUCAGAAUCAAACUCAGUAAUAGAACAGAAACCAGCAAUCAUGGCGCAGACAAAUAUUGAAUUUAUAAAUACUGCAUCUAGGCUUAUACCGGAGUUCAACGGAAAAGCUGAAAACUUACGUAGUUUUAUAGAUGCAUUAGAAAUAAUAAAAGAAAUUCAAGGCGCACAUGAACUUUUAGCUGUAUCAUUAAUAAAAACAAAGUUAAAAGGAACAGCAAGAAACUUAAUAGGGACCGAAAAUACAAUAGACCAAAUCAUCAAACGAAUUAAAGAUAAUGUUAAAGGUGAGUCUAUUAACAAUCUAUCUGCAAGGUUAUUGAAUCUUACGCAGAAUAACAAAACAGCUAAUGUCUAUACCCAAGAGGUAGAAAAGCUAGCUAAAGCUCUAGAAGGAGCAUAUAUUGAACAAGAAUUCAGCAUGGAACAAGCUAGAAUGCUUAGUACCAAACAUGCGGUGACAGCAAUGAAGAAAAAUUGCAUUCACAACGAAGUAAGAGCAGUUUUGCGUGCUCAUACAUUCGACAACAUGGAUGACGCAAUAUCUGCAUUCAUAGAAACGUCAAAUGAAAUAUCGGAAGAAAAGCACUACAUCAUGUAUUACCAAAAUUACGCUCAACGCGGUAGAAACCGUGGUCGCGGAAAUUUCAGAGGCCGUAACUACAACAGAGGCGGCCAAAGGUAUUACAACAAUGGUGGCAGUAGUAAUUAUAACUCUAAUAAGUCUAGAGGCGGCUCAAACAGAGGCGGCUCAAAUAGAGGUAAUAGAAGACACAAUAAUAACAAUCAAGUACGAGUUACACAAGGUAGCUCGGAAAACACUCAAGCCCCCUUGAGCAACCAAUCUUAAAAAUAUUUAAUAUAAAUCUAAAUCUCAGCAGCGUAAUAAGAAUACAUAAUCAGAAAAAUAACAAUAUACUAACUUUAUUAGUCGAUACUGGAGCAAAUAUAUCAAUUCUAAAAGAUAACAACUUAAGCUCAGAAAUAAAUGAAAAUUUAAAAACCAAUAUAUCAGGAAUUGGUCAGGGAAUUGUACAAUCAAUAGGAUUAGCUACAAUAGAUCUUCUCUUUGAUUAUUUCAUAAUCAGUCACAACUUCCAAAUAGUCCAAAACGAAUUUCCCGUACCUUGUGACGGAAUUCUGGGACUCGAUUUUAUAAAAAAAUUCAAUUGCAUAUUAGAUUAUCAAAACGAUGAACUAAUAUUAAAACCAAGAACGUUAGAUUACCAAAUACAUGUACCGCUAUUGCAAAAUGAUAUUGAUAAUUCAAUGUUAUUACCAGCAAGGUCAGAAGUAAUGAGAAAAGUUACACUUCGGACUGAUAAAGAUACUGUAUUAAUACCAAACCAGGAAAUUCAUCCCAGUGUAUUAAUAGCUAACAGUAUCGUGAAAGGUAAUAGUGCAAUAGUUCGCAUUUUAAAUACAACAGAUAAGAAUGUAAAUAUUAAAAAUCCAAAUAUCAUAUUCGAAUCAAUAGACGACUACGAAAUUAAAUCAAUAAAUGGUAAUAAAAUUAAUAGAACAAAAGAAGUACUAAAUAAAUUACAAUUCCCUGAACAUGUUAAAGAAGAACUCACAGAGUUAUGUACCAAUUAUAUUGACAUAUUUGGUCUAGAAAAAGAAGCUAUUUCAAGCAAUAAUUUUUAUAAACAAAAAUUAAGAUUAGCUGAUAAAACUCCAGUAUAUAUUAAGAACUAUAGAAAUGCAGAGACAGAAAAACCUGAAAUAAAUAGACAGGUCGAAAAACUGAUAAAAGACGGUAUAGUCGAACCAUCUACAUCAGAAUAUAACAGCCCACUUCUCUUGGUUCCCAAGAAAUCACUUCCAAAUUCAAAAGAAAAAAGAUGGCGUUUAGUAGUUGAUUAUCGACAAAUUAAUAAAAAACUUCUGGCAGACAAAUAUUCACUACCAAGAAUAGAAGAAAUAUUAGAUCAAUUAGGUCGAGCUAAAUAUUUUUCAUGUCUCGAUCUCAUGUCAGGAUUUCAUCAAAUAGAACUUGAAGAUAAAUCCAGGAACCUAACAUCAUUUUCUACGA